AUGAGGAAAGCUAACGUGAGAAAACAAUUCAGGACUAAAUUUACUCAACAUCAGAAGGAAAGUAUGUUCAAAUUUGCCCAAAAAGUUGGCUGGAAAUUGCAGAAGCGAGACGAAGAGUUGAUUAGCGAGUUUUGCAGCAAAAUCGGAGUAGAAAAACAGGCUUUUAAGUUCAGUGGCAUAUUUGAGUCUUUUCUUCUCUCCAAAACAUGGCUGCAAGCCUUGUUCACUCUUCCGAACCUGAAAUUCUUUGUUGAUUAUUGGAAAAACAAUAGGAAAAUAGCAGUGGACAAUAUCAUGGAGAGAUAUAAGGACAGAAAAAUUCCAAUAGGAAAAUUUGAAUUAUCAAAUUACUAUGCUAAUUCUCAAGUUUUCCCUCUAAUUGAUGAGUGGCUUCACAUUGCACUUCAGAAUGGUGUAAAAGAUCUUGUCGUUAAAUGUCCAUUAUACCCCUUGCCUAUUUUCACAAUCUUGGGAGCAAAAUCUUUAAGAGAAUUGGUUCUGGUGGGUUGUACUCUUCUGCCUGAUUCGUUAUACAGUGGUGUUGUCAGUUGCAAUUCUUUGAGAAAACUUUCUCUAUCUUCGGUAAGAUUAGACGAAAACAUGUUUCAGACUCUACUUAAUAGUUGUCCCUUGGUUGUCUCUGUCACCCUCGAGUAUUGUUCGGGAUUGGAAAAGAUCAAGUCGGAUUCUCUGAAGGUCUUGAAGAUUCAGUAUUGUGGGGAAAUAUGGGAGAUUGAUGCUCCAAAUUUGGUAACACUUGAAUACAUCUGCAGGUAUCAAAUUCCUCAACUUAAAAUUGUAAGAGAGUCG